AUUACUUGCUAUUUUGCAAACCGAAGCAAAAUCAAACAACAAACUUUAUCACAGCUAUGAUAAUUUAGAUAUUAGAAAGGGUUACUCUUGGGUCCUAGCACAAACAUUCACCAGAACCUUCCACUCAGUCAAGAUACAACCAACCCUCAAUACAACCCCACCACAAAUUCGUGAUCACCUACCAUCUGCCAAAUUCGGCCGCAGAAAGACGUUAUCUUUGGUGUCAACGUCACUCGUCGUGUUCCACUUUAAUCAGUACUACCUCAAUAAAUUCUUUUCAAGUCAGGGAUCGCCACAAUGUCAUCCGCCGCCUUUGCCGACGCAGGUACCAAGGCCGUGGCCGCUCGCAAAUACACAGAAGGAAUCGAGAAAUUAUCCCAGGCUCUCAAAGAGCGGCCCGCACCUCUUUGGCUACUCGAGCGUUCCAAAGCGUACUUGCGAACUGAUGAACUCGACCUCGCCUUGCGCGAUGCCGAGCAAGCUUUGCAAGUAGCCUUCUCGCGGGCUAAUCGAGAAUAUAUGGCCGAGGCCCAGAUUAGACGAGCUAUCACCCUCUUCCGCAUGGGUCGCUAUGCAGACGCUGAUAUCUGCGCCUUUUGGGCUAUCAGACUGCUCGAGCAAUCCAAGGCUACCGAAGAUGACGGCCAGCAGGAUAAGGUUGACGAAAAUGGAGAUUAUGUCGUGCGUGCUAGUGAAAUUAAGAAUGCUGAGAAGCCGGAUAAGGACCGACAAAUCGCUGCUGCUAUGGGCGGCGCAAGUAAUUCGAAAACCACCACCUUAAAAAAUCAGGCAACUUCGUGGCGUCUGCAAGCCUUGAAUAAGCUGGAGAGCUUACCUGCCGGACAUCCCGGUUUGAAGGUGAACGUCUCGAAAUAUCCUAAGCCGUCCGAGCUGCAUUCUGCCACAUCUGAUGAGCAUGAUGCCAAAGCUAGUCCGGUUCCAUCCACGAAAGACCAAGGUCGCGAUGAAGGCGCAAAACAUGACGCCUGGGAGAAAGUCUGGAAGCAAUUUUCGACUGCCUUCGUGACAAAAAGUAUCAGAUCGAGCUUCUAUCAGACAGACACUACCAUCAAUGCCGACUUCUUCGUAAAGAACGUGCCUGCGGACCGUUUCGCCGUGUCCACCCAGCCUCAGAAAGUGGUUAUGGGACCAAUCUCAAAUACCGACUCUGGCUCUGACUCUCUCCAGCUCCAGCUCCACCUUUGGGGCAGGGUCAAGCCUGCUGAAAUCAAACACACAGUUAAAUCGAUGAAAAUCGAGCUAGUCCUCAAAAAGGAAACGCCAGGCAAAUGGCCCAUGCUGCAGCGGGAGGAUUCCGACGGAUUUACUAACAUUGCGGGGAACACUAAGGUGGCCCCCUCGUUCCAGAGAUUCUCCACCCUCAUUUCUCGCCUGGGGUAUCAUCAUCCCGAUGACCUCAAACUUCCAGAUGUUAGUCUCGACCUGGAUGCUUGGUACGAUGCUCUCUUGGGCAAGCUUGCAGCUGGUCUAGAUGAGCGCGAGGCAUCUUCAGAGAUCCCGAAUGCUGCACCCGAGGCUGCAUCGUCUUCUACGAGCGCGAGCGGCGCCACUCAGCCCAAAAGUAACCCCGCGCAAGCUAGCGAUCCUGUGCUUAAGCCUACUCCAAAUGCUAGCGAGGCAUCUUCGACAAAGACCGUCGGUAGCGCCCCAGCCUACCCUACUUCUUCGAAGAAGGGAGCAGUGAAUUGGGAUCGGAUUGGCGACGACGACGGGGGUGACGAAUCCAAAGAGGAUGCCGAUGUUAACUCGUUCUUCCAGAAGCUCUACAAGGAUGCGGACGAUGAUACUAGGCGUGCCAUGAUGAAGAGCUACGUCGAGAGCAACGGCACAUCGCUCAGCACAAGCUGGGCUGAGGCCAAGGGCAAGACGUACAAGACUCUACCACCCGACGGCGCCGAAGCCAAAAAGUGGGAUGAGUGAUACCCUACGUGACUGUCAGCUUAGUUUGUGUUUUUCACGCGCAUGCUUUUGUUACGAGCAGAUAGCAAAAAAGGGAUGGAUGGUCGGAAUGAUACCAAAUGUAGUUACUCGUCAAUGCAAUUAAUAAUACGGCG